AUGUACAAGCUCAGACUGUUACUGUCCAAGCAGGUACCACCUUCCAAACUAUGGACGGAUUUGGCUUUUCGGAAGCAUUCGGCCACGCAAAUGAUCUCUUCAACUAUCCUGCUUCCGAACAAAAGCAGGUUUCUUGAUUUACUCUUCGACCAGAAUGUAGGCGCUGGUAUGACGAUCAUCCGGAAUCGCAUUGGAUCGGGCGGGUCGGGAGAUAGCAUUCUGCCAAAUAAGCCAUCGUCUCCGUCAGCAACUCCAUCAUACGUCUGGGAUGGUAGCGACGGACACCAAGUGUGGUUUUCUCAACAAGCCAUGAACUACGGCGUUAAGACUAUCUAUGCAGAUGCGUGGAGUGCGCCUGGCUUUAUGAAGACCACGGGUGCAGAUGCUAAUGGAGGAACGCUAUGUGGUGUAUCUGGGUCGACUUGUUCAUCUGGUGACUGGAAGCAAGCAUAUGCCAACUUCCUCACGCAGUACAUCAAGUACUACGCACAAGUUGGCGUGACUAUAACACACGUCGGCUUUCUCAAUGAGCCAGAAUAUACGCCGAGUUACUCUUCGAUGAACUGUAACGGUCAACAGGCUGCAGACUUCAUCAAGGUCCUCUCACCCACCCUGAAAGCAGCUGGACUCUCUCCAAAGAUCACAUGCUGCGAUUCAGAAGGGUGGAACAAUCAAGUAACAAUGACCAAUGCCAUUAACUCUGCUGGAGCACUCAGCCUCCUUGGCGCCGUCACUUCCCAUUCGUAUACAUCGUCCCCUGGCUCUAGUCAAAUCAACACGACCCUCCCCGUUUGGCAGACGGAGUAUGCUGAUCUCAGCAACCCAGUCAACCCCAAUAACUGCUAUAGCAGUGGAGCAUCGGGCGAAGGCUUGACAUGGGCUAAUCGCAUCUUUGACGGGAUUGUCAACUCCAGGCUAUCUGCGUAUCUCUAUUGGAUAGGCGCAGAGCCAGGCACAACCAACAGUGCACUGAUCUUGACCAGUGGAACCUCUGUGACAGUGUCCAAGCGACUGUGGGCAUUUGCUCAGUGGUCGCGUUAUGUUCGUCCCGGCGCUGUGCGUCUCGGCACCUCCAUUGUUACUUCUGGCAGUCUCAAGUUCAGUGCAUUCAAGAAUCCCGACGGCCGUGUUAGCGUUCAGGUGAACACAACGGGGGUAGUGCUUCUACUGUGA